CUUUCCUCUUUGGUCCUCCCUGCGUUCCACCAAUCCGCGUUUCUCUCUUCAUUCUUUACAAAAACACCACCAAACCCAUUUCCAUUUCAUCUUCCUCUCUUCUUCUCAACAUGAGAUUGCCACAACACCUUUUCUCUAAUCAUGGCUGCUUUCUUUAAUUCUGUUCUAAAACUCUUACUCUUUCUUUCUUUUCUUCCAUUCAUUUCUUCCCUUUCAACUGUUUCAAUAUCUGAAAAUUCUAACUUCACUUUGAUAUGUGCAUUGGUUGUUUCCCCUACUGGAAACUCCUCUUUUCUCAACUGUUCUAGCUUAGUUGAGAACCUUAAUUCUAACGUUACCUUUUCAGGUGUUGUUGGUGGAGAUGGUUUCAUGUGUACCCUUAGAAACUUUCUUACUUUGUCUUCUUCAGCUAUCCAUUGCUGGAGGUUUUCUUCAAACGGUACAGUUACGGAACACAAGAGAAUUUAUCAAGGUCCUCCCGCCAUUCAACAACUUGAAGCUGGAAACUCUCAUAUUUGCGGCGUUGUGAACGGGACUAAUAGCCUUGAAUGCUGGCAAUGGCCUCAGUUCAAUUCAAGUUCGAUUGUUCAGAGGUUUUCGAGUAUUGCCGUUGGUCAAGAUUUCGUCUGCGGGUUAUCGGAAACCGGCAGUAUUAGUUGCAAUAAUGCAACUACUGUAAAUUCUACGGUCAUUGAUCAAGUGCCCUCUGGUAAUUACAGUAUAAUUGAUGCGGGGUUUAGCCAUGCUUGUGCAAUAAGUUUAAAUCAAAGUUUGGAAUGUUGGGGAGAUGGGGUGGGCCAACCGCCGCAAGAUGAGUUCAAAGCUCUAGCCUUGGGAGAAAAUCGUAGCUGUGCUUUGCGGUAUUCUAAUGAAACAGUAGUUUGUUGGGGGCAAGAUAAUUUUAGUUUGCCAGCAGCUUUACAAGAGACUUAUUUUGUUUCAAUUGAAGCGAAACGAAGAGUUUUCUGUGGAGUUUUGAAAUAUAAUUUCUCUCUUUAUUGUUGGGGUGAAGGAAUUGCUGAUUAUAGAAUGGUGUUUGCGAAGGUUUUGCCAGGACCUUGUAGAAGUUCUUGUCCAUAUGGCAUUUUGGAUGGGUCCGGCACUCUUUGCGGACAAUUGGGAUCUAUCUGUGAACCACUGCCACCGCUACAAGAAUCUAGUCCUCCUCCAUUGGCGCCUCCACCACGGUCGUCAGAUGAAUCCUCGACUAGUGGAGGCUCAGGCUGGAGUGGGAAGAUGGUGGCUUUGCUAGUUGUGGGUUGUGUAGGAUCAUUGUCUUUAGUUCUAGUAUUGCUUUUCUUCCUCUACAGGAUAUGCAAAGGUCGAGGUUGCCGCGUCCACGAUUCAGGACGACUCGAUGAGAAUGGCGCACUGGCUGAACAAGGUUCAGGCCAACACCGAAACCCGCUCGAACAGCCUACAGGACAACCGGUUUUAGAGAAGCGGCUCAGCGGAUUGGCUAGCAUUGGAACUGCAGGUCACUUGGAAGAGUUUUCAUUACAAGUACUACUUGAUGCUACGGAUAAUUUCUCGGAGGAUCACAAGAUCGGGACAGGAAGUUUUGGUUCAGUCUACUAUGGCAUAUUAGAUGAUGGGCGUAAAGUAGCUAUCAAGCGAGCUGAAGUGUCGAACACCUCCUCGAGAGUUGGUGGCACAAGGCGCCAGGAGGACAAAGAUCACGCCUUCCUCAAUGAACUUGAAUUGCUAUCGCGCCUUCAUCACAAGAAUCUGGUGAGGUUAUUAGGCUUCUGUGAAGACAAAGAUGAACUUGUGUUGGUUUAUGAAUACAUGAACAAUGGGACACUCCAUCAGCAUCUUCACAAGCUGGAAGACUCACCAUUAAGGUCAUGGUCUGCAAGGCUUAAGGUUGCAUUGGACGCGGCUAGAGGGAUUGAAUACCUCCACGAGUACGCCGUGCCCCAAAUCAUACAUCGUGAUAUCAAGUCAUCAAACAUAUUGCUAGAUGAUACAUGGACUGCCAAAGUCUCUGAUUUUGGUUUGUCAAUGAUGGGUCCUGGAGAUGACGAGUCUCACCUUUCAAUUAAUGCAGCUGGAACCCUUGGCUACAUGGAUCCAGAGUCCUACAGGCUUCAAAAAUUGACCACAAAAACUGAUGUUUACAGUUUUGGAGUUGUUUUACUGGAAUUGUUAACUGGGCUGAGAGCAAUUCACAAGAAUGAGAAUGGAAUGCCAAGAAAUGUGGUUGAUUAUGCGGUUCCUUACAUAGUUCAGGAUGAAAUCCAUAGAAUUUUGGAUAGAAGAGUGCCGCCACCAACGCCAUAUGAAAUAGAGGCAGUUGCAUAUGUUGGGUAUUUGGCUGUGGAUUGUGUCACACAAGGAGGCAGAGACAGGCCUUCCAUGACUGACAUUUUAAAUAGUUUAGACAGGGCAUUAACCGCUUGCACGGUGCCUCCGCCACUCUCCAGAUCCACAACAGACUCUUCUACGUGAAACAAUAUUCAGUGCAUUAUACAUUUCACAUCACUAAUGUAGAGGAAACCCAUUUUUUGUUAAUACAUGUAAACAAUUUUUUCACCAUUUCUUGAUUGAUUAGAGAGGUCUAAAAAGUGUACCAUAACCAAGUCAAUUAACACAACAUUGAUUUUUCUUUUUAUAUAUAUUAUUACUAUCAUUUUUUA